AUGUUUGGUUGGAGUAGUGCGAUCGGGCUCCCCGCAAUCUUGUCGGACCCCGACAGAGAACGCUCUCCCCCACCUCCAUUAAACUCCCUCGACUUCCCCAUCUACCGCCUCCCCGCCGUCCCCGACGAGCCCUCUGAAGACUCGCUGCGGAAUCUUCAGGCCGUCCUUGCCUCUAUCCGCCGUCCCCAAGACAUUACCACCGACAAAUUCAGAGACCUCAACCUCAAACUCGAGACUGACGUGCCAUUGUCCUCAAUUGUGCGUCACGAUGGCGCGAAGACGGCGCCUCCGCUGCCCUGGGAACUGGACUCCCCCAAGCCCUCUCUCGGGUCGCCGCUCCCGGCCGACGGGACCCCUAUCUUUCUGGAAAACGGAAACCCGUACCCGACCAGGGACAAAUACGAGCUACUCGAAAACGAACUGCUACUGGAUAAUGACGAUGCCUUCCGGGAGGUUGCCCGAUUGGAACCCCGCGCUGGCCGCGAACGGGUGCGAGUGACGCAGACCAGGAAGUUUUGGACGGCGCUGGAGCGGAUGUCACAAUACUGGGAUGAUAGCAUGGAUCAGUACUACGACCGGGCCAAAUCGCCGGAACCGAGUGAGAAGAAGGCGGACGACGCCGAAGCGGCUGGGGACACGGAGACCACCGCCGAAACAACGCCAAUGGAAAUAGACCCGCCGACAAACACGUCUACACAAGACAAGGCCGAACCGGAACUUGUCAAGAAGUACAAAGGACGUCGCAUUGCCGCCGGCCAAGCCAUGCCAGAAGACAUCCGCGACGAGACUAUCCGCGCCCUAACCGAGAUGGCGGCGUGGCCAUUCGGCUGCCAGGCCUCCCUCCCCAUGAACCCUCCCAAGCUCUUACUCGGGACGCUCCUGUUCCCCGUCCGACAGACCUUCCAGGCAACCCGCUCCCCCAAAGACCGCCAACUCGCCCGCAACGGUAUUCUCGAAGGGCCCGUCUUCGUCGCUCAAUGCCGCCCCGAAACCGUCUUCCGCGCCCCUGGCGAAACACACGGGUAUGGACUCGGCGAUACCUGCGACCUCGUCCGUGAGGUAGGCGCUAUGCUCCUGGCCGCUCAGGAACGCGCGCGAGAGGGCGCUAUCGAGGUCAGACCCGGGGAGGGAAAAUGGUGGACGACGAAGCCCCGAUGGGGUGGUGCACCUAAUGAUGCGAUUGGCGAUAGUGUGCGCGUAACAAAUGAGCAGGAACGAGAAGCGGCCGCGCUGACGGGGCGUGCACGCUCGGGGUCCCGGCCGCAGCCGCCAGGGCUACGCCGGCCUGGGUUGCGUCGGGCAAUGAGCAGUAGCGACAAAUGGAAGAUUAUCCAGCCAGGACCGAGUCUCUGGGAUAAGCGCAUGCGGUAUAUUCAGAUUGGACGGGACAGGGAGUGUCCGUUUGACGAUAUCUACAUGCUCUCGUCAAUAAACCACCAUCUCUCAAUUCUGCACCUCCGCAUCCACCGCCGCUACCUCGAUAUCAUCACAACCGGGAGAAGCACUGUCCCUCCGACCUCGAACGACGAGUCACACCCCUGGCAUAUCCUCAAGCUGCGGCGUACAAGGUGGUACGAUCUAUUCGACGCCCAGGACCGCGUCGACGUCUUCCGGGGUAUCUGGACGAUUUUCCAUGUCAUGCUCCGUGCACCUCGUCCGCCUGAGGCUAUGCCACCGGCUAGUCUUCCACCCAUCACUCCGGUUGAUCCGGCAGUUGUUUAUCGGAGUUUGCCGUUGGAGUCCGUUUAG